UCAUCUCUGGGGUCAAGAAGAGCUCCUGGUAAUUAGCAUUUUUUGUCUCAUCCUUCACCAUUCAAGGUACCAGGUGCUUGAAGAAACUUCAAAGGCCAUACUGCUGAAUGGUGCUUUGGCUUCCGCUGUCAAGAAUAUAGUCCAAACAUCCAUUGCAAAAGGCCCAGCUCUAGAAAAUCAUGACGAACAAAUGGAGACAGGGCAAUGCUUACUUUUCAUUCUAUUACUGUAUUUCUUUUCAUUAAAUAGACCCCAGCUAAUAACCUUCUCUUCAGCUUCUAUGCUACUUCACAAAACUGUCUGGAUUGGCAAAACUUGCUUCAAUCUUGCAAUAAUUCUCAUCCACCAUUGUUACUCUCUAUAAAAUGUCAUGAUUUAUGCCGGCUGAUGCACUUCGGGACUUCUCUGGUCAAAUCUCUCUCAUCACAGUGCCUGGUAGACAUUAUUAGCAGAAUAUCUGAUCAGAGAGAAAAAAACCAUGAAGAACUAAGAUGCCCGAUGAGAUAUCUUCAAUCAAUGAUAUCCAUUAUGGAAAGCCUAGUUUUCUAUGAAGAGAAAGUCGUGGCCACAAACUGCAGUGUCUGUUUAUCCAUAAUUCUAAGUUGGGGGAGCCUCAGAAACUGUAAAUGGCUUAGGAUGAUAAUGGAGGAGUUCACAAUGACCUUAAUGGCUUCCAGUAUGGCUUCAAAAUACUUCAAAAAUCAGCACAAGCCUGCUUCACAUAUAGCAACGGCUUUGCUCAAGCUGGAUCAAGCGCCUGAAUGGAUGAGAUCUGUAUUUGAUAUUUCUUGUAUCACUGGAAUAAUCAACAAUCUAUGUGCACAAAACUUGAGCGCAGAGAUGGUUAAUCUGUUUAGGGUUCUUCUAUCAAGGAAAUAUCUGAAUGAAGAUCAUAUUGGGUGCUUAAAUAAAAAAUUUCAGGUCUGCAGGAAACAUUUGUACACGGAAAGUUCAAAAGACAAAGCACAUGAAAGUCUUGCAGACAAAUUUAUUUCCAAUAAUGCUGAUUUUGGUAAAAUAUUCAGCCUUCUUAUUCAGCUGAUGGCAUCUCCUACUUACAGAGAAAAAGAAACAGACCAAGAGAGGCUAUUGAGGGAAAUUGAUAUGUUCUAUCGAGAGUUAUCAACACAAGGUAAGUGAGAAUUGCUUUUACUUUACAAAAUUUCAUAAGCUAAAAUGAAUAUUUUUAUAUAAAUGCUGCUGCUCCUUUACUCUUUUUAAUAAUGGA